ACCUACUAUAAAAUUAACUUUUGCAGUGAAAAUGUCAUUCAUUAAUGUUUUUGAUCAUUUACACUAUCCUAAUAUUCAAUAACUUAUCUUCUUUCUUAUGUGAUUAAUUAUGUCAUUUGUAGUGCUGUUUUCUGUUAGAAGAUUAAGUAUAAGACAAUUUGGAAAUUAAUAGUUCAAAAUUGGGAAAAAUUUUCUUUGCAAUUAAAGAUGGAAAACACUUAUAGUGAUUUUGUAAAAAAUAUCCAAGAAUCGUUGAAGCAAGGGAACACAGAGUAUGCCUUAGAAGCCUUCAGAGACAACAAAUACAGUGCCGAAAUACAAAAUAAUUCUUGGGAUUUGGUACCUGUCAUUUGUGAAUUUUUAACAGCAAGUCAUAAGGAACAAAAUUCAGACGUGUUCAAAUGCUGUGAACAACUAAUCAACGUAGUUGCAGACAACUCUAAUCCGGAAGAAGCCUUGCUUCAAUUUAUAGAAGAAAUAGAGGAAUCCACCGAUGAUACAAAAUUUUUAAUGUUGUUAACGCCUAUUCAAAAAAUUAUAUUUCGAAUUCCAAAAAAGCGUUUGAACUCUCUAGCAUGGUGUUUAAAUGCAAUACAAACUUAUAUAAACAAAUGUGAGGUGCCAGAAGAUGUUAAUUUGGUUGGCAAGGAGAAACUUCUUUUGGAUAAUAAUGAGGAUACUCAGAGAAUUGUGAAGUUAUAUUCAGAGCUAUUAGUAUUUUAUGACGGAUUCCUUAAUGAAUUGGAAACAGAAUCUGCAGAUGUGCAUGAACGUAGUAAAAUUAUUUGUAAAUUCUUGGUACAACUUCUUGGAAAACCCCUGGUGUAUUUAGACAUGGAAAUUUUUGAUGGAGUCAAAAGUAAAGCGAGACUUAUAGCUGAGAACCUAGUAGUGAAAAUUUUUAAAGUUGUUAGUAAUCCUCUUGUAUUAAUUGAAAUGCGUUUUGAUUUAGAAAAUACUGCUCUUAUAAAGCCUAAUACUCUAGGGAUAGCGGUGUUGUUUUAUCUAGUCUACUCGCAAGAAAUUUUGAUCGAAAUUGUUCCGAAAGUCUAUUGCCCCAUAUAUUUUUUCCAAAACUGUCUACACCUUGUAACUUCAUUGUUAGAAAUAAAUCAACAAAUGUGCACUGAAAAAGGCCUUGCUCUAGCGCUAGCUCUAAUGCAGCGUAUAAAGUUUAUAAAACUUUCCUAUUUAUUGCUGGACUCCGAAGAUCACUAUAACUUUUGUAUGGCUUUAACUAAAAUCAUUAUCUACAAUCAAGUUGAUAUUAUAAGAAAAUCAGCUCUGAACAUUUACCAGAUUUAUAUAAAUUCAUUUGAAAUACGCGGAUUUUACUUACUAAUCUACAACUUAAUUUCAACUUUAGAUCAUUCGGGCCUAAUAGGAUUUACAAUAACUCAGUAUAAAGAUCGAUUGGCACAAGAGUUUUCGAAAAACGAACGGAACAUGUCCGAGUACUUUAAAGGAUCAAAAUUACUGAAAUUGCUAAGAAGAUGCUGUUACUUACACAAAAACGAAGAGAGCGAUUUAAUUGAGCUCUCCGAUCAAAUAAUGGCUACUCUAAAUUUACUGCGAUACUUGGCCCUGCGAGACAAAAAUAAUACCACCCAAAUCUGGAAUUAUUUCGAUUUCUUGGACGGUAUAUAUUUCAAACCUCUAAGGAAAGGAAUAGACUUGUCCCGGGCGCAUUAUGAAUUGAAAAUUAAGGAACUUCAAGAAGAGUCAGCUCUAAGAGGCGUUUCUGAAACUUCCGUCACGGUCGGUGGGCAACGCUUGUUGGAAAUGCCGAAGAAUGAGAAAUUAAAAGUGCUUUAUUCGUCAUUGACAGCUUUUGAUAUAAUGGACAGUAUUCUUAGUAGACUUAUAGAAUGUAUCGAGGCACGGAAGUGAUCAUUUUAAUAUAAAUUUAUUUCUUCUUUAAA